GAAAAAGGUCCGCUUUAUCAAUACUCUUCUCAAACAUAAAAUGUGAUGCAGAAUCCCCGCAGUGCAAUUGGUGCCUGCACCACAAUCUUGCGUGCACAUACACUAGGCUUGUUCCUAGGACGAAUAUGAGAAGUGUUCGCAGCACACGCGAGUCGGAGGAGGUCGCAGAAUCACCGCCGAUAUUUAUCCACCCUGCUCAUAGCAAUACGCCAGCACGGGGCACUUUGGCCAUGGCGUAUCUUGAUGGGACCUACAUGACAGCCGAGGAAGAACGAAAUUGGAUUGAAGCCUGCACCGGCGAAACUGUCGACAACGCCAAACUCUACGCAAUUGAGCUUCCAUGGUCAAACACCGCCCACGGCUUCAGGUCACACCCUCCAUCGUCAGCACUUCCGCCUCGACCCACGGUUGAGAAGUAUGUCGACGUGUACUGUUCAUCAUUCCAGAGUCGGGUAUUUCCCGUGAUAAGCAAGACCCUCUUCACAGAGACCCUGGAUCUUGCCUAUGGAACGGAGGAUGCUUUUGGUGCAGAGAGUGCCAAAUCCUGCGUCUAUGCGUUGCUAUCAGUGGUAUUCCUGUUCGGGCUCAAUGACAAUCUGGUCGAAGCCCACGAUUGUGAGGCCUAUGCCCUUGCCGCUCAGAACUCCAUGCCUAGUCUGAUUCAAGAGAUGACUCUCAGCGGUCUGCAGUCUAUCAUCAUGCUUAUUCAGCAUCAAUAUUUCUUAGGUGACUUGCAAGCUGCAGCGGUGUCCGUCUCCAUAGCCAGUCGCCUUCUAUUCAAGCUUGGUGCUCACGUAGCAUCACCGUCUGACAGCCAUUAUCACAAAAGUGUACCAGAACAUCACCUGCGCGAUCUGUUCUGGUUAUGCUACUCAUUCGACAAGGACAUUUGCCUGAGGACCGGCCAGCCACCGUGCAUCAAUGAUACCCACUGUGAUCUCACUCUACCCGUGGAUUACGCGCAGAUGCAAGACGCCAACCUGCAACGGGAAACAGUAUCAAACACCGACGACACAGUGCCUCUUUUCCCCUUCGACCUGCGCCUCUCGAUGAUCAAAUCGGACGUCUACCAGGCUCUCUAUUCGGCAAAUACCGCGAGGAAAUCGGCUCCUGACAUCCUGUCGAGUAUUCGGAGUCUGGACCAGGAACUGGAACAAUGGAGGCUGAGCUUGCAUCCGGAUAUCCGGCCCCCCUUGUCUUUCAACCAGGAAACGCCCGUCAGUUCGGGGUUGAACACACAGGCGAUCAUGUUGCGACUUGCCUACUAUCACUGCGUAGCCAUUAUUCACCAAGCUAUUGAGAGGUGUCGUGGUGGUCAGCCGAGGGAGAUUGUCUCCAGUACUAUGCUGGUCAACGGUGCCAAUCAGUCGACGCUUUCGUUCCUCGAGACCGCAUUGCCUGUUCUCGCAGGGGAGUGCUUCUGGGUCGCCAUAUUCUAUGCAGUCACUGCAGUCCUGGCGCUAUUCCGCAAUGUCCUGAAGAAUCCUCUCGGGCCCCGCCUCAUGACCACUCUACGGGGUGUGCCCAAACUGAUGCAGAAGUUCCCCAUCCGAACACCUACCCUGAGCGUCAUCAUCCAUAUGCAAUUCUUGAAUAACUUCACCACCGAACUUGUGCGACUCGGUGCUUGUGCGGUGUCCAAGGCUCGGCAGGACGCACGUGGUCCGUAGCUCCAAGCAUGGGACCGAACCCUCUCAGAUAAUACUAAC